AUGGCUCAAACAGAAAGUGUUAUUAAUGUCGAUGAUAGCGAUGACAAUAAUAAAAUAUCACCUGAACAACUUAUUCAUUUUGUUGACUUGGUUAAUACUCCUAAACCGACUUUAAGUCCAACUAUACGGCGAAUUCCUUUAGUUUCUCAAACUUUAACUUAUUUA